GGUGGGGGAAACUCGGGAGACAUGGCAGGACGCCGUUUUAUUUUAAGAAACAUCCACAAUGAGUGACAAAAAAGAAACCAGUGAAUCUACAGACACAGGAGAUACCACAGAAGGUGGUGACUAUGAGGAUGAUUUUGAGAAAGAUCUUGAGUGGCUAAUUAAUGAAGAAGAAAAAGAAAUUUCUGAUGAUAUACAGAAUCAUGAUGAGAAUGAAGAGGAUUUUGAAGCUAACACUGACAAAGACUUAGAAGAUAGAAAAAAUCCUUCACAAGAUUCUCUUGAGCCUGAAGAAAUAUUGAAGGAUGAGGAACGAAAUUCUUCACAAGAACCUCCUGAGCCUGAGGAAGCUCUAAACGAUGCAUCACAAAAUGAAAUACAUUCUAUAUUUGAACUUGAUCCUAAGGCAUUGGAACCAGCAUCUGACACAGAUAGUGAAAGCUCCGAUCAGGAAUCAAGGCUAGAAGACAAGGAGGAAGAUGAUGAAGAUAUAAAGCGUUAUAUCUUAGAAAAAAUUGAAGAAGCUAACAAACUUCUGUUGGGUCAGGAGCCUUUAGAUGAAACAAAAGAAAGAAAACUAAAAUUCAAUGAUAAUAUAGUAGAACUAGAAGUAACAUCUCUGACAAAUACAGAAGCAGAUAAAAAUGAUCCUUACAGGGAACAAAACAUUGCAGCUAGGCUGUCUCAGUUGCGCAUUUCUAAUGAAACAGGACAAGAAGAUAUAGCUCUGUCCAUUAAUGGUGGAAUGGAUGAUGAGCACAAGGAUGGCAAGAUCUUAGUAGAAAGAGAUGGGAAGUUUGAACUCUUGAGUAUCCGUGACAUUGAAAGUCAAGGCUUAUUUCCUCCUCUGAGUAUUUCUUUCAGUGACAUUGAAACUCAACAUGUUUCUUCUAAAAGUUCGUAUGCUAAUGCUAUCGGUGCAAAAGACGAGUCCUUCUUGCAAACACCUAUAACAUCUUGUUCUCCUUCCAAAGAACGAUAUUUUUUUUUCCCUCAACCACCACCUAUUCGACCAAGCUCUGCCAUCAAUAUUACAAGAAAUAUAGAACGAGGAAGAAGCCCUCGCAGGGUCCAGUCAGCAAAAGUGUGCCUUGGUGUAAGAAGUUCUACAUUCUGCUUAUCACCCAGGCAAAAAGACCUGAGAAAACAAAUAGAGCAAAGAAGAGAGAAAAUAAGAAGAGAGGAAGAAAACCAAAAAAAGAUGCUGGAAGAUGAAAAAAAGAGAGAAAAUGACCGAGUCUUCCAGGCUUGGCUACAAAAGAAAAAAGACCAAAUGCUACAGGAGAAAAGAGUUCAGCGUGCAAAAGAAAUGGAGAACUUAAACAGCAGAGAGAAUAGAAAUCCAGAUGAAGCUUUCAAGUUGUGGCUUAAAAGAAAGCAGCAGGAACAGAUUAAAGAAAAACAGAUGCAAACCCUGAAGGAGCAAGAAGGCGGCAUGUUCUUCCUUCCAAGAACAGCUGAAAAUGACAAGGCUUAUAAACAAUGGCUAAGGAGGAAGAGACGUGAGAGGCGAGAAGAGCAACUAGUUGCUAGAGAACGAUCAAAACAGUUUAGGCAAGAAGCCAGAAGAGCAAAGCAAAUAGAAAAUAUUCUGCAUUCAAUUUCUGAACCAAAGCCCCUUCGCUUUACAGAUCAAUACUGCUGAAAUUUAGAAGCCCUGGAUGCUUAAUGUGUUCCAGAAUAUCUUGCAUAGCUUGAGAUUGCCUGUUGGAAGUGGUUUCUCUUCUGGAAUGUUUUGAAGUCCUUCAAUAAUGGCUUAAUUUUCUCUUAGUAAU